GGUGGGGAGCUCCUAGCGGAUUCAACUCCAGCUCGGAGACGAGAGGGGAGUGGAAACUUAAAGGAGGUCCCACGCAAGACUUGCCUACCUUCCUUGAAAACUCUCUCUCGCCCGGAAUGUAAAUACAUCACGAAAAUGACCUAGAGGGCCAGUUGUAGUCAGUUGUUCUACCCAAGUCAAACGCUCAGCCCCAAGCAGGACUUGAAUGCUCCUAAUACCAUUCACUGGCUGAUGUUGUACAAAAGCCACAACGCGGACAGCGUGUAACUCGCUACUGUAUUAAUAAUAAGGUCGCACCAACUCUCUCAACUCAUUUUUGUUUCUCACAGUAAAUACUAGGACCUAAUGGUGCUGCCAACACAGACAUCGUGCUAAGUUGACAAAGGAUUUUCUUUUAAAAGGCAAGAUUACUUUUUUUUUUGGCCAUUUCUCCCGGGGGAACUGCUUUACCUGUUUAUCAAGCUCACUGACAAGCGAGCCACAUUGCCUGACACGGAGUGAGUGAGUGAGUGAAGGCGAGAGAGAGGAUGGAGUCUCUGAUACCUGGUCCUCUGGCGAGAUGCUCCACUUCUUAGAGGCGUUUAGCCCAGUUGAGCCGAAGAGGCGAGAACGUUAAUAGACCGAGGACGACAAGGCUGGCAGCAGUAACCUGGCCACGGCACUGAGAAACAAAUGAUCGGGUCGUUAUUUACAUCCCCGCGGUAUGAACACCGACUUCUCCAAUUUCAGAGAAGCAUUGUCUGCAGAAGCACCAUGAAGAGGUUGUUGCUGGUCGUGUUGUUGGCGCUGCUGGAGCCCGCGGCUGGCGAGGGGGAGCUUGGAGGCGGCGAGGAGGGAGAGGGGUCGUUCUUCCACACGAGCCGGCACAGGCGGGCGGCUGCCCCGACGAUGGAGAACAAGUGCUCGUACACCUUCAUCGUGCCGCAGCAGAAGGUGACGGGCGCCAUCUGCGUGAACUCUCGGCCGGAGCCGGUGGUGGAGAGCCGGGCCAACAGGCAGGAGCUGGAGGUGGUGACAGUCGAACUGCUGAAGCAGCAGCGGCAGAUCGAGAGCCUGCAGCAGCUGGUGGAGGUGGACGGCGGCGUGGUCAACGAGGUGAAGCUGCUGCGCAAGGAGAGCAGGAACAUGAACUCGCGGGUCACCCAGCUCUACAUGCAGCUCCUGCACGAGAUCAUCCGCAAGCGGGACAACGCCCUGGAGGUGUCGCAGCUGGAGAACAAGAUCCUCAACCAGACGGCCGAGAUGAUGCAGCUGUCCAACCGCUACCGUGACCUGGAGCACAAGUACCAGCACCUGGCCCUGCUGGCCAACAACCAGACCUACCUGAUCGCCCAGCUGGAGGCCAGGUGCCAGCUGCUGCCUGUGGCCAAGCCCGUGCAGCCCCCGCCCCAGAAGCGCAAGAACCACCUCAUCACCACCAACGAGAUCCAGCGGGAUCAGAACCCUCAGGACAGGCGGCAGCUGGCAUUGAACCUGCUGCCCACUAUGCCACCUCUCCCUUCCAACAUGCCCACCAUCAACACCCCAUCGGGGCCGUGGAAGGACUGCAUGGAAGCGGCGGAGGAUGGCAGUGAGACCAAUGGAAUCUACCUGCUGACACCGGAAAACACCAACCGCCUGAUGCAGGUGUGGUGUGACCAGACCCACGACCCCGGUGGUUGGACCGUCAUUCAGAGGCGCCUGGACGGUUCGGUCAACUUCUUCCGCAACUGGGAGACCUACAAGCAAGGGUUCGGCAACAUUGAUGGCGAGUACUGGCUGGGUCUGGAGAACAUCUACUGGCUGACCAACCAGGCCAACUACAAGCUGCUCAUCACCAUGGAGGACUGGCAGGGCCGCAAGGUGUUUGCCGAGUACGCCAGCUUCCGGCUGGAGCCCGAGACCGACAACUACAAGCUCCGGGUGGGCCGCUACCACGGCAACGCCGGCGACUCGUUCACCUGGCACAACGGGAAGCAGUUUACCACGCUGGACCGAGACGGGAGACAACGUGACACCUACACAGGGAACUGCGCCCACUACCAGAAGGGCGGCUGGUGGUACAACGCCUGCGCCCAUUCGAAUCUCAAUGGCGUGUGGUACCGCGGCGGACACUAUCGGAGCAAGUACCAGGAUGGCGUGUACUGGGCAGAGUUCAGGGGUGGCGCCUACUCCCUCAAGUCCGUCAUUAUGAUGAUCAGACCUAACCCCAAUACUUUCCACUGAGACAACAAACCCAGGGUCCUGAAACAAUGGGAAGCAGAACUGAAAAGUGCCCUGUAUAUGAAAUCAGCGUUACAACAAGUUAUAUACCAAGCUGUGCUUAUUCUUCAAGAUGAAAAGAAUACUGUUUAUGUAUUUAUUUCCUACAAACAUAAAAAAAUUAUGUCAUGUAAGCAAACUUUUUUUUUCCCCUUGCGUAACAGCAAUUGCAGGUAAAAAUGCUGAAUGCAGAUAUGUGCUUAAAAAUCUUCUUUAACAAAAAAAAUGGUACUAAAAAUCUAAAAAUGAUUUGUGUUUGGGAGUUUUUGUUUCCUUUUUGCUAAAAGGCCUGUUCCACUUACGCAAUUUUUUUCAGCGACUCAUAGUCGCAGUAGGUGGCCGAAGAUGUUCAACGUUGAAAAUCCAGCAGCGACCAGAAAAAGGUACGACUCUUUGGGCGACUACUCACCACCAUACAUGUCGACACGUGAUGCCUGUAUGGUGGUGAGCAGUCGCCCAAAGAGUCGUACCUUUUUCUGGUUGCCGCUGGAUUUUCGACAUGUUCAACAUUUCCGGUGAUCUGCUGCAACGACGGGUGCCGGCAAGGCGCCGAAAAAUAAUCGCAUAAGUGGAACAGGCCCCUUGAGGCCGGCUGGAGUUUUAGUAUUUGUUCGGGGCAGCAUUUGGCAAAUAAGCGGUGGGCAGUGCGAGGAGUGGAAGUGGUGAAAAGAUUUAUUUUGCCAAAGGGGCAGGAGGGCACCUGUUACAACAAUGGAAGCCAUUCACCAGGAACGCCAGCUCGCACUGACCAACGGCGCUCUCUGCCAAAGCAAACCCUCGGCCGUGCAGAACGGCAGGGUCAAAGUUGUUCUUGUAGGUUCUGACGCAGGGAAGGAGCUCUGAUGGACGUGUGGGUCGGUGAAGACCUGUAGCCGUUAACUCUGACAAUUUCCACAGCAGCUAAGGUGUCUCCUCAGACUGUAGAACGAGAGUGCGCUCGUACAUUUAUCUGCCAACGACGACAAAACGCUCAACUGACGACGCAAAGCGCUGGAGUCACUCAUCGGGUCAGGCAGCAUCUCUGGUGAGCAUGGAUAGACGACUUGAGUUAAGUAUAGUUUAUUGUCACGUGUACCGAGGUACAGUUAAAAAGCCUUUGUUGCGUGCUAACCUGUCAGCGGAAGGACAAUACAUGAUUAUAAUCGAGUGUACAGAUACAUGAUAAAGGGAAUAACGGGAAUAAUGUUUAAUGCAAGAUAAAGUCCAGUAAAGUCCAAUUAAUGAUAGUCCAAGGGUUCUCCAAUGAGGUAGAUAGUACCUCAGGACUGCUCUCUAGUUGAUGGUAGAUAGUUACGAGUUGGGACCAUACUUCCUCACCCGAAACGUCACCUAUUCAUGUCCUACAGAGAUACUGCCUAACCGGCCGAUCCACUCCAGCACUUUGUGUCUUUUUUUGUAAACCAUACUCUUAAAAAAAUGCUCAUGACUGCCAAAACCAAUUCAUCCCCAAUUCUGCUUGACAGUGAGUCCAAUCUAGGCCUCUAACAGCCACUCAGACUCUCAGUGCUAUGAAUAAAGGAAUCACAUUUUAAAGAUGAGCACACGCGCUCAUCUUUACAACUCCUGCCACGUGGCUUUCCACGUCCGAAACAUAUAUUGGCAAUUCGUUUUUAAAGAGGUAAAUAAUUGCCGAUGGCACGAGGUGCUGGAGUAACUCAGCAGGUUAUGAUGCUCUGAGUUACUACAGGACUUGGUGUCUUCUUUUGUAAACCAGCAUCUGCAGUUCCUAGCUUCCGAAUAAUCCCCGAUAUGUAAAUGGUGGAAGAUAUGCACCACUAACAUGAAAGGUGACAAUCUUCUUUAGAAAUACAGCACAGAAUCAGGCCCUUCGGCCCAACGGGUCUGUGUCGACCAGCGAUCACCCCAAACACUAACACUAUCCUACACACACUAGGGACAAUUUACAAUUUUACCAAAGCCAAUUAGCAUACAAACAUUUGGAAUGUGGGAGGAAACCGGAGCACCCAGAGAAAACCAGUGUGUUACCAGGAAGAACAUACAAACUCUGUACAGGCAACACCUGUAGCCAGGAUCAAAACUGGUUCCCUGGCGCUGCAAGGCAGGGACUCUAUGGCUGUGCCACUGUGCUGCCCCACUUUGUAUUCUGACAACAAAUACUGUGACAGUAUUCACGAGGACGCAAGAUGUCCAUAGGGUGGGAAACACACAGUGGCCAUGAGAUUUCAACCGGGAUAUCAGUGACAAACAGGGAGCCAGCCAGGUGCGCCUAAGUCACUUAAUAGAUUCAGUUUAGAUUAGAGAUACAGUAUGGAAACAGGCCCUUCGGCCCACCAAGUCCACACCAGCCCUCCAUCACCCGUUCACACUAGUUCAAUGUUAUCCCACUUUCACACCCACUCCCCACGCGCUAGCGGGGCAAUUUACAAGAGGGCCAAUUAACCUACAAACCCACACGUCUUUGGGAUGUGGGAGGAAACCGGAGCACCCGGAGGAAACCCACGUGGUCACAGGGAGAACGUGCAAACUCCACACAGACAGCAUCCAAGGUCAGGAUCAAACCCAGAUUUCUGGUGCUGUGGGACAGCGGCUGUGCCAGCUGUGCGACCUUAAAACUUGCUAAUAAUAAACUUACUGAAAGUGAAACCUACAUUUUUAAAUGGUGCAAUCUGUCCCUCGAAAAGAGUGGGAAAGGGGGAUUUUGCACAAACUCAUGAUAAAGGAGGAUUCCACCCAAAAUAAAUCUCUCUGGCCUUUUCCCAUUUUCCUGAGAGAUCGGAAAUAUUGUUGAUAUUGCAGCUAAAGAAAACACCAUUGAGAAGAAGGGGAGUGUUUUUUAUGUGUUUGUGAAUGUUUGUUUACUAUUUCUGUGCUUUCCAAUUCAUGCCUACAUAUGUCGAUGAAUCUUAUACAGGUAAUAAUCUUACUAACGCUAGGGAUGUUUUAGAUUGGGCAGAGCAGGGAAAAGGAGCAGUGCACACCAUUGUUAUUUAUACAGCAUCUUCCGGUACGUUACAACAUGUCUCGUGCGUUCUGUAUUGUACAUCUGUGUGUGUUGCUAGCUUUGUUAAAUACAGUUUGUGAUUCCAUCUUUGAACCUUCACUGUCCAGCUUGACGGCACAAGUGUCAUUUGUAACAGUGUUUUUGACCGUUCCAGUAUAACCAUUAACAGCUGCAAUAAACCUUCUUAAACUACAAA